AUGGGUGCUCCCUCCGUUCCCUCUACGUCGUCGGUGGUAGACCAACCACCGGAUUUAGAAAUGCCGGAACUAGUCCCAGAAGUUUGCACUGGUAGUGAUCUUACCGUUUUAUUUAACAGCAACUUUAGAACCCGUAGAUAUAAGUGGGCACGCGGUCGCAGACAAAUGCUUUCUGGCGGAUUUACGGGAAUUCUGCCUGGAGGCCCAAAUGCCACUAUCCACAACCAAGAAGUUGUUUCGGAUGCUGCGGCCCUACCACCCAGAAGUACCCAAAGACCCAAGGACGCUAUUGCAAACGCCUCGAACCUGCAUUAGCAAGCCACUGAACAAAGGGAACUAUGUUCAUUUAGGUCUUGGGCGUGGUCUGGUGGAUCAACUUCACAGUCUGCCAGAGGCAACCGUUCCUGAAAUACACAUCCAACUGCAUAUCGACGGCAUGAAGAUAUUUAAGGGGUCGAGUCAGGGCCUGUGGCCGAUUCUCGCUCGUGUUCGCCAUCCGGUUGUUGGUCAGCCCUUCAUUGUUGGAGUGUUCUGCGGUCCCGGCAAACCCGAUCCGUUGGACGACUUCUUGGGCGACUGUGUUGGCGAGCUGAAAGACCUCCUGGCCAGUGGUCUGCGUAAUCCACAUACGCAAAAUAUCGUCAAGGUGAGCUUAGACAACGUCAUCUGCGACACCCCUGCCCGAUGUUUUGUGCGGCGAGUUAAAGCUCACAAUGGCUAUUACGGAUGCGACAGGUAUGUUGCGUCGUACUUUUAACUGUAACCACCGCAGGUGUUCCCAUAUGGGCAAACGUAUUGCAAACCGCAUGACGUUUGCAGUAUGCAGUGGGCGUCUGCGUGACGACAGGUCAUUCAGGUUGCGAAAACAGGAACAGCACCACAAGGGCAGGUCUCCGUUCGAGGAUUUACCCAUAGAUAUGGUGGUCUCUUUCCCACUGGACUAUAUGCACCUGGUUUGUCUGGGCGUCAUGCGGAAGUUACUGCAUAUUUGGCGUCUGGGCUCCAGCAGGCACUCUAACUCAUUGAAUGCGUCCAUUGAGAUGUGCAGCCAAUGUUUGCCGGCCGAGUUUUCGCGUAAAUGCAGAACACUCGAUUGCCUGGAGUUCUGGAAGGCUGCCGAAUAUAGGCAAUUUCUUCUGUACAUAGGCCCCGUCGUUUUGUCCUCCUCUUUAAGCGAAGCCCGGUAUCAACACUUUUUACAGUUUUCUCUCGCAGUGCACAUAUUCUGCCAUCCGGUAUUGCAUAUAACCUGGGGAGAAUACGGCCGGCUUCUGCUAAAUCGCUUUGUAGUUAAUUUCCCCACCUUGUAUAGCCCUUCGGAUAUUAUUUACAAUGUCCACUGCCUGCUUCACCUGUAUGACGAUGUGGCUCGGUUUGGAGUGCUGGAUAAUUUCUCGGCAUUUCCUUUCGAGUCCUUUUUACAAAGUGUCCGCAGCAGUAUAAAAGGGCCAACACACGUAGCCGCGCAGGUCUUCAAGCGCUUUUCUGAAAGACGCUUGCCUGAGGUACCGACAUGCCCAAUGCUGUUGGACGACGACGAGGGAGUGGCACGGGCAUUUAAACUGCCUCGCGGAUCCACUGCUGUUUUCCACGAAGACUUUAUUCUGUCAACUAAGCAGCCCGAUAAUGUGGUACUUAUUGGAAACAGACCGUGCAUACUGACAUCAGUUUCGUCCACGGGCAUAACUUACCGCCCUUUCCUUGACUGUGAGGACCUUUUAAAGGCAUCUAUUCCCUCCUCCCCUUUUUACAUGUUUAAAGCCUCCCGUUUGUCAGACACUCCUUCAACUGCCGCCCUUUCAGACAUCGUCUGUAAAUAUGUUCCGUUUGACAUUGACGGUAGUUUUUUUCUGAUUCCCUUACUUCACACUGUGCGUGCGCUCUGAAUCUUGUGUACAUUGUUUAUGUGAACAUAUAAAUUUCCCUGUAGAUGUAUUCCGUUGUGGAGUUCGUAAAUGACAAGGCUGUGGCCGUGGUGGCUGCAGCCUGGUUUUAUGACGUUGGUAGCGUUAUGUGGCCUAAGAACCACAAAGAGCGGGCCGUCCUGCUGAAUAAUAACAGGCGGCCACCAGACGGCACCAAGGUGUACGCCGUCAGGCAAAUGAAAAGUAAUCUGACACUGCUGAAGGCCAGACAGCUGGUCCGAAAAGCAGAACUAUCGGACAACCUUUCCAGCUCCGAGCCGGGCAAAUUAGGCAGGGGGAUGAGGAAAAAGUACAUUUUCCAUACUGGUAAUCUGUUCUUACAGGUAUGUCCGUAGGCUGACGUCGGAAUCAGACGAAGCAUCGUCUGAUUCCGACGAACUACUUUAUCGUCCGAGGCAGCUACUUGGUUGGCCAACACCACCACGAAUACCGCAGUAAGCAUAUUUAUCGGUAAUUAUUCGUACGUCAAGAACGGACGAACAGAUGCCUCAAGUCAUCUCUCAGCACAGUCAACCUACGCCAUUGACUUCGUAUCGGUAAGCCCCUUUUAUUAAUUUUUACCGAAAGCCGUCUAGGGAAAUGCCGGCGCCUGCGGCAGUGCCUGCUACCGAACCUGCAUGUAACCUGCAGGCGCAGAACGAUAUGACUGACGUAAACGUUCGGUUAGCGUCUCUCGAGUAAGACUGUUGACUGUCUCAUUGACACUCUAUUAGGAAAAAAGUCGACUUCUUGGCCGAGCAAAUGGUCGCCCUCAACAGCAGUGUGCGGCAACUGCAGGCAACAGUUAAUGAUGCUGUCAGUGCAUUAAAGGUGAGUGCCGUUGCUGCCGACGUCGGGCCCUCUCGUCUGCAUUUGCCACUGUGCACAGUCGAAGCCUACGAAGACUUCGUUCGUCGGCUAACUACUGAGGCCGAGUUGGCAGACAAGGCGGUAUUUGUGUAUUUGCUUAACUGUUUUCAGAUCAAACAGCUGGCCGUGGUGGGAGGUCGGAGUGAAAAAGACUUCGUCAGAAAUCUUUUGACUGCUCUUAUUGGUCCGCCGCUUUGUUACACUUUCUGCCGGAGGGGCGGAUCCAAGGAGAAGCGGCCGUUCCUUGCCUGUCCGUUAUUUAGCAUCAUCAACGGUAGGUCCGCUUUCUGCUUAUUGGCACAUACAGAUGCCAUCGGCCAAAACCCCCGUUUCAGCAACUGCAACAGGGAGGUACUUCGACUGACCGCCAUUAAUUGGUUCCAUGGGUCGAAGGACCGUUAUGGUGGACGAGCGAAACGCAGGCGGAAUAUUCACACAGUACGUCAAUUUCCUUUGAAUUACUGCCCAAAUUUGUUCAGUUUCAUGGAGUGCCCACCGAUGACCUCGCAUGUCCACAACUUUCCCCUCCGAAACACACGUAAGUUAACUUACAAAGAACUGCUGCUAGCACACUUUAUCUCUACCUAUGUCUAGUGUUCGAAAAGUGAGACACAGCUCACUUUACCCGGCCCUCGUUGACCGGCUUCGGGUCUGUGUCGGACCCGUAUGUUACUGUAACCAGUGCCGCGCCCGCCCUAGUUGACUGCGUAGAUAAUUAGCGUCGCUAAUUACUUCACGCCGUUACUGCCUCCUGUCAACGUGGUUCGUAAAACCGAAUACGGACAAGCAAAUUAAUUUGACAGACGACGUCCUGGCUUCUCUGCUUCAGCCCUGAGAUUGUUGGCCGAGGCGAUGAUUACAUGCUAGGGUGGGUUGAUAGACGCCUAGUCGUCUUUCGCCGACAGCUCAAUCAACAAGUACACCAAUUAGCUUGCCCCCCAUUCGGUUUUAUGAAUUUUCUUCCCACGCGGCAGUGAUGAUGUGGACCAUAGGGGUCACCAAUUAUCUCCGCAGUCAACGAGGGAGGGGGCCAAAUUAGUCGCAUUUAAAUGAGAAUCCAGUGUAGCUCCAUCGGUGGUCGAUUAUUGUCCUGUACAUAGAACUGUGUGCAUGACAUUCCAGUGUCUGGUGACAGGCAGACGAAUUCACUACUCGGAACGCCAGACCCCCCUCUGGUCUGCCCCGAACGAAGUCCCCCCCCCUAUGACACGCCACCUAGGAAUUGCAUUUCUCCUACUAUUAGCAUAAUGGAUUACUUCAAUGACAAAAGCAUCACUCAUGUUUUACCACAGUUCUUUUUUUUUGCAGGAACCGCAAGUAA